UGUCUAUAGGAAGGACAUAAUCGUAAUUUAAGUUUGCUCCAAAAAACUUUCACGAUUCUUUUUGGUUCAGCUUCAAGCGCAAAACCCUAACCACGGAGUUUUCGAACGAAUUGGGAAUUUCAGCUUGAUUUCAACCCCGGACAAAAUCACACUACACCAAUGACUGCUUCGAAGAAGAAUUACAAAGAGAAACCUAUACGUCGCAAGGAAGAGAAACAAGAAGAACCAGAAACACCAAAAUAUAGAGAUCGUGCUAAAGAGCGUAGAGAAGAUCAAAAUCCUGAUUAUGAGCCUACAGAGCUGGCAUUUCACGCUGUUGCUCCUCCUGGUACUGUAGAUUUAAGGUCAGCUGAUGCACACAAAUUAUCCAUUGAAAAGAGCAAGUACCUUGGAGGUGAUGUGGAGCACACACAUUUGGUCAAAGGUUUGGAUUAUGCAUUGCUGAACAAAGUUAGAAGUGAGAUUGACAAGAAGCCAGAUUCUGUGGAUGAUGUUGAGGGGAAACCUAGAGCAUCUAAGGAAGACCAACAAGUCUCAAUUCGCACAUCAACUGCAAAGUCAGUUUAUCAGUGGAUAGUGAAGCCUCAGACCAUCAUAAAGACAAAUGAAAUGUUCCUUCCAGGUCGAAUGACAUUUAUUUUUAACAUGGAGAGUGGAUAUGCUCAUGAUAUUCCAACGACCUUGCACCGUAGUAAGGCUGAUUGUCCAGUACCGGAGGAAAUGGUUACAGUUAGCGUUGAUGGAUCUGUUCUAGAUCGGAUUGCUAAAAUAAUGUCAUAUCUUCGUCUUGGCUCUUCUGGGAAGGUUUUGAAGAAGAAAAAGAAGGAAAAAGAUGCAAAAGGAAAGAAUUUGGCUGUUGGUAAUGGAUAUGAUGAAGAGAAUUCAUCAAAGGUUGAAGGUGGGAGGGCAAAGAAUCAAACUGAAAGAGAGUUCAUCCCACCACCACCACCUCCAUCGAAGAAAAGUCAUGCUAAUUCAGGAGAGAAACAAGGCCCAGCUGUUGCUAGAGCAGAAGAUGAUGACAUCUUUGUUGGUGAGGGUGUGGAGUAUGACGUACCUGGCAAAGACUUGAGCCAAAGUCCUCUCUCUGAGGACAUGGAAGAGUCUCCUAGGAACAAGGACAAACCUUCAUAUUUUGCUGAACCUACUUAUGGUCCUGUGCCACCUGCUGCACUCCCUCAAGCAUGGCAAGAAUCGAAUGAAUAUGAUGUUAUGCAAACACAAGCCUUGGCUGGUGGCUACCAAGGAGAGUGGCAGGAGUACCAGUAUGCUGAACAGCUGGCUUACCCUGAUCAAUACCUUCAGCAAGAUAUGCAGACUUAUGAUUUGCAAGCGGGUUUAGAUAUGCCACAAGAUCCGCGUUUUAUGACACAAGAAGAGAAAGAUCGAGGUUUGGGAUCAGUAUUUAAGCGAGAUGAUCAGAGACUUCAACAACUGAGGGAGAAAGAUGCCCGAGAAAAAGACCCCAAUUUCAUUUCUGAGAGUUAUUCUGAAUGUUACCCCGGGUAUCAAGAAUAUAACCGUGAAAUAGUGGAUAGUGAUGAUGAAGAUGACUUGUCCAAAAUGGAUAUGGGUGGGAGGGCAAAGGGUCGACUUCAUCGUUGGGACUUUGAGACCGAAGAGGAAUGGGCCACUUACAAUGAGCAGAAGGAAGCAAUGCCAAAGGCUGCAUUCCAGUUUGGUGUGAAGAUGCAAGAUGGCCGGAAGACGCGGAAGCAGAACAAGGACCAGAAGCUCAAUAACGAACUGCACAAGAUCAAUAAGAUACUUGCCAGAAAGAAGAUGGAAAAGGAUAUGGACGGUGAUGGUGGGGGCCCCCACUAUGAUGAUGAGGUACAACCUGGAAAGAAGCUUCGAAUAUGAACGAGCCUUCCAUUUGUAACCAAAGAUGAUGAGAAUAGAGUCAUUUCUGGUUUCUUGCUAUAGAAAUCUUAGUAGUUAAUACUUAGUUUGUGCGAGUUCGAGGUUUUGUUAUUCUUGUUUGUCGUCCUUUUUUUUUCCCCUCUCUCCAAAGAGCCAAGAUAAGUGCCAUCUAAUGGGACAAUAAUCUACAGAGCUGUAAAUUGAAACUAGUUCUAGUAUUUACGCCUACAAGUUUCUUCGAAGGAGGAUGGAAAUGAAGAGUACUGAUAUAUGUGGCUGUCCA